AUGACGAAAAAGGAUAAGAACCCCGUAAAGGUUCAAACGAUAACUACAGAAGACGGUGAAACGGUGAAGGUUUUUGAAGAUCUACAGGGCUUUGAAACCUUCAUUGCCAACGAGACUGAAGAUGAUGACUUUGAUCACCUACAUUGUAAGCUGAACUAUUAUCCACCAUUUGUGCUACAUGAGUCGCAUGAGGAUCCGGAAAAGAUUAGUGACUCAGCGAAUUCUCAUUCAAAGAAGUUCGUGCGUCAUUUGCACCAGCAUAUUGAAAAGCAUCUUUUGAAAGAUAUAAGAGAAGCCGUUAAGAAACCUCAAUUGAAAUUCCAUGAAAAAUCAAAAGAAGAGACUUUUGACAAGGUCACUUGGCAUUAUGGGGAGGAAACUGAGUAUCAUGAAAGGCCUUUCAAGAUAGACGUUCAAGUAGUUUGUACGCACGAGGAUGCCAUGGUGUUUGUAGACUACAAAACGCAUCCCGUAACUGCAAAUUAA